AUGGCGAAGGCCAAAGAUAAAAGUGUUUCUGGCAGCAAGAGUCACCCCCGCAGGGAUGUUAACCCCACAGUCCAGUCUUCAAGUCCUGAUGAGGCCAGCUCCACGACACGUGCAAGGAUAAACCGGAUUCUGAGCGACGAAGACGAGACUAAAGUUGCGGAGUGGAUCGAUCGGUGGUUGGAUCAUGGAUUUCCUCUGGAAAACCAGAAGCAAGUGAGCGCGUUUGCGCGCUAUUUCAUGCAUAUUGCCAAUCAUCCCAACAAGGAUGUUGGCGUAAGCGAUGAUUUUUAUGAGAACUUGUUCAGACGGAAUCGCAAUGUGAAGCACCGCGUUCAUGCUGCGCGGAAGGCCUACAACAGCGCGAAACUUAAGAACGAGGGGCGGGAAGCCAAAGAAGAAAGGCUUGCAAGGUUCCCAGCAUUCCUGAGAGACCUGCAGUGGGUAUUGGAUGUUCCAUCCAAGAAUCUCUAUGCGUUUGGUGAUACCGGAUUUGUGACUGCAAUUUCCUCAGAGCAUCAGGGAUUGUGCAUCGAGGCCUCGACUCGUGACGAUGCGGACUAUCGGAGAAUGACAUCUGCUAUUGUUUGUGCAAGUCAUGAUAAUCGCUUCCUAUCACCUUAUUUGAUCUCAAAGACGAGCGUGGUCAAUCAACAACGAAUGUGGUACAAAAAUGUGUCCACCUCGUUUGCAGCCAAGCCGUGGGCCAACGCGGAAUUCUUCAUGGACUGGAUUGACUGUGUCUUUGAAGAAGAGACCAAGACUGCCAGAAUGAAAGGUCUUGACUCCCCCGCGCGUCUUCUGCUGGUUGAUGGAAUCCGGUACGGAAUAACUCCAAAGAUCUUCAUGAGCUGUUGGAAUAAAGGCAUCUACUUGGCGUGUAUCCCGCAUAAAGGUUCCAUCUUCUUCAACCCGUUGGAGUGUGGAGUUUUCUCCAAGAUGCACAAGGUAUAUGUCGAAGAGGCUGCCACGAAAUAUCGAGAAGAGAAAAUUCCCUUCAUCGUGGACCCGCGAGAUGUAACCGAUUUCAUUCUCAGGCAGCUGGAUCGAACCCUGUUGAAAGUCCAAUUGGGAAAAGCGUGGACCAAGAGCCAUCUCUACUCUAGAGAUGAGGUAGCGCUCCGAAAGUAUGUCAAAGGGAUUCCUGCAACGCCUGCACCUGUGACCCCAGCCAAAGCAAGAACGAGAUCGGCAACUCGGCAGCAUGUUGUUCAAGAUCAACUGAUGUCUCCACCACGAUCAUCUCGACAACCGGAAGACACUCGGCACGCCCGCGGGUCAACAAGAGAUUCUGCAACUACGUCAGAGAGUUGUAACGAGACCCCUGAAAGACAGCAACCAUUGAAGUCUCGCAACCAACCUCCAUCUGGUCUUCCAAGAGAUUGUGGGAAUGCCGUAUCAAGCCCUUCCCCGUUAUCGCCAUCACGAGCGCACCGUUGCUCAAGACUCCCCAACACCAUCGAAAUCUCCGACGACGAGAGCUUUGAUAACGCUACAUCGACCGUACCUUCGAAUGAUGAGGAUUCAGAUGAAGAAGCCUCAGCAAGCGAAGGGGUUGCGCCCGUCUUGCGAGGAACUCCACCAUCUCGCUCAAGGCCUUCCCCAGUGUCGUCGUUCUACGGAAUGUCUGGUGCAUUGCUCCAGCCACCCGAUCGACAUCAAUAUCACACCCAGCUGGCUGCUCCUUCAGUUCAGAUUUUCAAUUGUCGCGCCCCUUUGCGGGCAAACCUCGAGGAUUCCAGGUGUCGAUACAACCACUCUGCGGAUUCUGAUGAGAUGACAGAUCAUACCGACAGUAUCUGGACCGGAGCAGGCCUUGAGAGGGCUUAUCGGAUGCAAAUUCGUGCACUUUCAGAUCCACAAACGCCAGAAUCGCAAAGGAGAACAUACGAGCAGAAGCUUCUCGCUUUGGCUCCUAUUCUGUCGGGAUUUGCACCUGGAAUCGUCAAUGCCCUACAAGCGCUCGCAAAAUCAUCUUCAGCUAAGCCUAAGGGUCAGUCAACUUCCUCACGCCCUUUGACGCCUCAGACAUCCAAAAAGACCAAAGUCAGAAAGGAGAGGCGCGACAGGCGACGCAGACACCCUGGCACAGAGCGAGUACCUCGCCAAACGACGAACCACAAGUUCCUUUGA